UAUUUUCAACAAGAGUAUCUAUCGAAUUGUUGUUAUCAGCUGAAGAAAAUUUAAAGUGAGAAAUCGUGCUGGUGUCGAAUCGUGUAUGAAGAUUUUAACGAACUGCUGCAUUGUUAUUUUCUUCCCAAAUGAUUGUGUUGCUCUCUUUUUCACUUUUCGUUUCUCCAUAGACAACAUUGUCUUCCUGUAACGUGAUAGUGUCGAAUUUCUUCGUGAUACCCAAUGGCUGCUAGCUCAAAAUUAAUGCAUAAAGUAUUCCAAGAUGCAUCCCAGUUUUUGAAAGUUGGAUGUAGGUUGCAAGCUCAAAAUGUGAUUUGCAGACACGCUUCGCAUUUUACGUACUUCAAAGAUGAACCGCUCAAAGAAUUCGGUGAUACAAGUAAGACAAAUAUGUUCCAGGCAAUCAAUAGUGCCAUGGACAUAGCUCUUGAUACUGAUUCCUCAGCGGUGGUUUUUGGAGAAGAUGUUGCUUUUGGUGGAGUGUUCCGUUGUUCUAUGGGCUUACAAGAAAAGCAUGGCAAGGAUAGAGUUUUUAAUUCUCCUCUUUGUGAACAAGGCAUUGUAGCUUUCGGGAUUGGGCUCUCUGUCGCAGGUUCGACCGCUAUUUCUGAAAUCCAGUUUGCCGAUUACAUAUUUCCUGCUUUUGAUCAGAUCGUAAACGAAGCUGCAAAAUUCCGCUAUCGAAGUGGUAACCUGAGCAAUUGCGGAAGUUUAACAAUUCGUGCUCCGUGCAGUGCAGUUGGUCAUGGAGGCUUGUAUCACUCUCAAAGUCCUGAGGCAUACUUUGCACACACACCAGGUUUAAAAAUUGUCAUUCCAAGAGGUCCAUACAAAGCCAAAGGACUACUCUUAUCCUGUAUUCGAGAUAAAGACCCGUGCCUAUUUUUUGAACCAAAAAUUUUAUACAGAACAGCAGAAGAGGAGGUACCUGUCAAUGACUAUACACUUCCAUUGGGCAAAGCAGAUAUUGUAAAAGCAGGAUCUGAUAUAACUCUUGUUGGCUGGGGAACUCAGGUGCAUGUGCUACUAGAGGUGGCAAAACUAGCUGAAGAGCAGUUUAAUGUCAGUUGUGAAGUGAUCGACAUUGUCUCUAUUUUGCCCUGGGAUAAAAAUACUGUAUGUGAGUCAGUCAAGAAAACAGGCAGGGUUAUGAUCGCUCAUGAAGCCCCACUUACCAAUGGUUUUGGAGCUGAAAUUGCUGCUACAAUCCAGGAAGAAUGCUUCCUGUACCUGGAAUCACCUGUGAAACGUGUGACAGGAUUUGACACACCAUUUCCUCUCAUUUUUGAGCCAUUUUACAUACCAUCCAAGUGGCGAUGUUUACAAGCAGUCAAGGAAACAGUACAUUAUUAAAGAGGCAGCCCCUCAGUAAAUAUGCUGAAUCAGAGUUACACCCAGAGUUCACAAAACAGUUGAGUCAAUCGUCAUCAUGGAUAGGAAAAAAUAAGACUGAUGACCAACUUAAUUCGGUCAAAAAAAAAACAAAAAAACAGUAGCUCGCUAUUGGAACAUCAAUGCGUUCAAGACUCUGGAUUGCACUUCUCAAAUUCAAGAUGCAAUUCUGUUCAUCGAUAUCAGUAACGUCAGUCUCAAAGAAAGAUUUUCGAAAUGUUUUUACUUAAUUUGGGAAGAUCCGAUUGGACGCACUUUUGUAGAAGUCUAAUUACACACGGUUUCCUUUCUGCAACUAGAUUUCAUUUUGCAUGAAGGAGCCUGAUGGUAAGUCAUAGCUUGAUUUUCAAUAAGAUAUCUGGAAAGUGAGCACAAGCAAGGACCCAGCACCAGAGACACCAAGUACCAGUCGAUGGCUAACGAACAAAACCGCCUAUCUGCAAACUGACGAUUUUCCAGAGUGGAGAAAAAACUUCGCAAUUUUUGUAAUUUUAAGGUUCUAGAUUUGCAAUUUUUUUAUACAUUACAGCAACAUUGAAGCGUUAUCUUACAGAAUUGGAAAAGACUGAAAUCAUCAGCUUAUACUGUACAAUGCAGCUAAGUUGCCAACUCUUUUUUUCCAAAAUUGUCAGUUACGUGGUGUUGUUCGUUAGCCCCGGCAGUGGUUGAUGGCUGUGAUCCUCCACUCCGUUCUAAAGGGCAUGAGUCAAGCAAAAUGCAGAGUGUAACACAUAUUUUUGUGUCAAGAUCAUCACUAUUGUAACCUGAUAACAAUGAAAUUGGACCUAAUUAUACACUUGUGAUCACCAAGAAUAACAUAAAACUUUUUGUAGUAAUUUAUCCUGUACUCAAUAAAUCUAUCUUCCUAUAGACAUCAA